AUGACCGGGCACGUUCAGCUCCGAGGUUUUCGCGUAUCAGCUGAUCAUACUGCUGUUCCAAAGGGCAUGAUGAAAAGUCCAGAAGAAGACAAUUCUCUAUUUGAGGGUCGUUUUAGAGCAACACGUGUGUGGAAUGGUAUGAUAAGACGCUUUCGAAGUGGAAUGCCUGUAAAACGACAUCGACGUCAAUUGCGCGUCUUCGACGGUUGUUUUGCAGGUCGUGAGGCAGUAGACUUUAUGAUGAAUGAGCUACCAAAGUUUAUCCAUGAUGGUCGGGAAAUAACCAGAUCCAAUUGUUCAAAACUUUUGGGUACAUACAUGAAUAUGGGAUUAUUUUGUACUGUGCGUGGAAAAUACGACGAUAACGAAGCAUUUAAAGAAAGCGAAUUGUAUCGGUUUUCAAAUAACUCACCUGAACUGCUGGCUGCAACACCAAUUUUGGCCCGCCGCGCCGCUUCAUUCAAUGAAAGAUGUAGUUUCAGACAGAAUCGGUCUAGAGAUAGAGAUUUUGGAUUUACUGCUCCACAGAGAAUGCACAAUGCUGGCUGGAGAAAUCGAGAUGACGAUCCGACGGUACCAACGCGAUUACCUAUUCCUGCAAUGCAGUCGAAUGCUCCGCUUUCUCGUCGUUUAUCAGCAUCCCAUGGGAAUCUACCUUCUAUGUUUUUUCAGAAUCUGAACGAUGAAUUAUGCAGAAAGUCAACUGCUGGAGUUGUUCUAGAGGAAACCAUCUCUCAGGAAAAAAUAAGCGAAGUGAAUGUGGAGAAUAAUCAAGAUGGAGAAGGAACAUCAAAGCAGAUUAAUGCAUUAGACGAGAUGAUCGUUAAAUUAGCCGAAGUAAAUAGUAAUUCAGCCGACUCUUCAGGAAUGCAAAACCUCCGACAUUUCGGGAAAAUUAUUCAGACCCGAACUCCAGAAAACGGUCAGCCUUCUGGAUCUCCAAGAGCAGUCGUCAAUGAAGAGCACAGUGGUGCCCACCUGUUCCUUGAUACCAGCGAAAUAUACAAAAAUGUUUUACUAAAUCGAUUGCGAUCAUUGAUACAGGUGGAUUCGUUGAAGGGGAUUCUCGAUUAUGAUUUCAGUGGUGCAGAUGUCCGCUGGAAUUGCGAACGGGUCGGAACGAAAGGAAUAGUUCGAGUUUAUCCUGAGAAUGAUUAUCUAACAAAUUAUGUAAUAACAAUGAUGCGUUAUCUGUCACGAUGGCCAUUCGAUACAAAAUUUGCGGAAUCCACACAUGUACCAUACGAAGGAUUUGAAUUGAAUGUUUUCAAAAGUGUUUGUGAACAAUUUGAUAAAGAUUGUCCCAUGCUUCCGAAUUCUGUUGCAUCAUCGGUUCUACAUAUUAUACAACUAUUUCGUCAAAGAAGUUUUCAGCAACGAAAUUCAACAGAAUUGCGUAAGGAAACAGUUUUUUGCGCAGACAAUUCUCCAUUUACGCGUUAUGUGCAAAAGACAAGUAAUUCUCAGAAUCACAGUAAACUAGAUGGAAAAGAUGAAAGUUCAAAUUUGCGCACAACAGUAUCGCCUGGCAAGGGAUUUAUUAGCGAGGAACAUGUUGUGUCACCACCAAACACUAUACGCUCUUCUGUAUCUACGCUGUCAGCAGAUAGUGAAACGUUUUCGUACAGAAUGGCCUAUGAAGCAAUUUUAACACGACUCCCAGGUUUGCAGCGAAGUCCCGAGCUUAUGCAGCGUAUCGAGGAACUGGCCAAAACAAACGCGCUUGUCUCGCGUGCAAGCAUUCCCAGUGUACAAUCAUGCGCAUUACUUGCCGGAAUUGAUAGUGAAAAUGAGAGAUUGUUGAAAGAAGCAGUAUCAUUACUAAUGCUAACAUUGGAGCCACAUGUUCGUCGUCGACUACACUAUUUGUUACGUUUUAUGCAACGUGUCAGCCGAAAUUACUGCUUGCGAAUGGACAAACGUCGUGAUAAUCGUUCAAUUGUUCUCGAAGCUUUAUCGGGCAAAAUAUUACAUUCGUCUCAGACUAUAAACGCAUCAGAAUGCCAUCAAUUGGUCAUAUUUUUAAUGGAUAAUGAAUGUGAUACUUUUUCCAUUCCGGAAGCGUUCGUUUCAGAGGUCAAACAUCAGUUAUCGCUACCACACGAGGUUUUAAAGAAAUCACCAACUGAACAACAGAAUACUACUGAUAAAUCAUCAAGUGCAGAACGCUUGAAACAACACUUCUGUGAACCAAUAAAAGUAGAAGAAUAUGAAUCGCAAAAGAAAGAUGUUGAUGGUCAUUUGCUUUCUCUCUUAGAUGACAUACUGAGUGAUGAAAAUCUUUCAGUCGCAGAGCGGAGGCAGCGGCUCAAAAAGUUCAGAAAGACUUACCCGAAGAUCUACGCACAGAAAUUCCCAUCUCCUGAUUUACCGAAGACUCGAUUCAUCGACCGAAUUAGAAAUUUUCACUUCUAA